AUGAAACAUGGUUUCUGUGUUAAAUCUUCUACCUAUCAAAUAUUUGAUUAAAAACUAUAUUUUUAAGAACAUUCCUUUAAACCUUAUUAAACAAUACUCAAGAAGGCCUUUCAUGAUUGGAAAUAUUCACAACUUCAUCCACUCUACUCUUCUUGCAUAUUUUAGAAUAUCCAUCUGAUAUCCAAGAUGAGAAGAUUUGCUUAGACAAAUGUAAUAUGAAAAACCACACUUGAGAUGGUAAAAUAUACGACUUCAAGGAAUUUAAACAUUUAUCAAAAGAAAUCUUGCCAUAUAUAUAAUGA